GUCCAGAGUUCAUACUUGGAUAAUCCUGGAGGAGAGUAAAGGGAGGGGGUGACUGCCUGGAAAACCCAUUACUGCACAGGUCUUAGCAUCAUCAACGGCUUUCUUCAUGAAGAUCUGAAGUUCCUAUCUUUGACCACAUUGCACAGAACAGCCAGUAAGAAUUUCAAAGAGGGCAGUUUCCACUGAGGGACUUAAGCAACACAAAGGAGCCACCACACUGAAACUAUCAGAGAGGAAAAAAAAAAAAAAAUUAGGAAGUCAUGUGUCCUUCAUAGUAACCGGAAGCUGAGUUGUUUCUGGCCCCUACUUUAAUGAGCUUGCCCACCAUGCUGAACCACAGCUGGAAUGUUCAUUGGCAGCAGCAAGCCUGACCCGGAGCUGUGUGCGGCAUAGAAUUACUUGAAUAAGCAGUGAAGAACAUUCCCAAGGACUAAAGAGUUUUAAAGUCCCAGCCCCUCACCAAGAAAGUAGCAUAUGUGUAUUGGACGUAAAAUUACUUAACAUCGUUCAAUAAGUAACAGAAGCUACCUGCUAUAAAGACCUCAACACUGCUGACCAUGAUCAGUCCAGCCUGGAGCCUCUUCCUCAUCGGGACUAAAAUUGGACUAUUCUUCCAAGUGGCACCUCUGUCAGUUAUGGCUAAAUCCUGUCCAUCUGUGUGUCGCUGUGAUGCGGGUUUCAUCUAUUGUAACGAUCGCUCUCUGACAUCCAUUCCAACGGGAAUUCCAGAGGAUGCUACAACACUCUACCUUCAGAACAAUCAAAUAAACAAUGUUGGGAUUCCUUCCGAUUUGAAAAACUUGCUGAAAGUACAAAGAAUAUACCUAUACCACAACAGUUUAGAUGAAUUUCCUACCAACCUUCCAAGGUACGUGAAAGAGUUACAUUUGCAAGAGAAUAACAUCAGAACUAUCACAUAUGAUUCACUUUCGAAAAUUCCAUACCUGGAAGAGUUACACUUGGAUGAUAACUCCGUUUCUGCGGUGAGCAUCGAAGAGGGAGCAUUUCGAGACAGCAACUCUCUGCGACUGCUUUUUCUGUCCCGCAACCACCUUAGCACAAUCCCCGGGGGCUUGCCCAGGACUAUAGAAGAGUUACGCCUCGACGACAAUCGCAUAUCAACUAUCUCUUCACCGUCACUUCACGGUCUCACAAGCCUGAAACGCCUGGUUUUAGAUGGAAACUUGUUGAACAACCAUGGUUUGGGUGACAAAGUUUUCUUCAAUUUAGUAAACUUAACAGAACUGUCUCUGGUGCGGAAUUCCUUGACAGCCGCACCUGUGAACCUUCCGGGUACAAGCCUGAGGAAGCUUUACCUUCAAGACAACCACAUCAACCGGGUACCCCCACAUGCUUUUUCCUAUUUAAGGCAGCUGUAUCGACUUGAUAUGUCCAAUAAUAACCUAAGCAAUUUACCUCAGGGUAUCUUUGAUGAUUUGGACAAUAUAACGCAACUGAUUCUUCGCAACAACCCCUGGUAUUGUGGAUGCAAGAUGAAAUGGGUACGGGACUGGUUACAGUCACUACCCGUGAAGGUCAAUGUGCGUGGGCUCAUGUGCCAAGCUCCAGAAAAGGUUCGUGGGAUGGCUAUCAAGGACCUCAGUGCGGACCUGUUUGAUUGUAAAGACAGUGGGAUUGUGAGCACCAUUCAGAUCACCACUGCAAUACCUAACACAGCAUAUCCUGCUCAAGGACAGUGGCCAGCUCCUGUGACCAAACAGCCAGAUAUUAAAAACCCCAAGCUCAUUAAGGAUCAGAGAACUACAGGCAGCCCCGCACGAAAAACAAUUUUAAUUACUGUGAAGUCUGUCACCUCUGACACAAUCCAUAUCUCCUGGAGACUCGCUCUGCCUAUGACUGCUCUGCGACUCAGCUGGCUUAAACUGGGCCACAGCCCAGCGUUUGGAUCUAUAACAGAAACAAUAGUAACAGGAGACCGCAGCGAAUACUUGGUCACAGCCCUAGAACCUGACUCACCCUAUAGAGUAUGCAUGGUUCCCAUGGAAACCAGUAACCUUUAUCUGUUUGAUGAAACCCCUGUUUGUAUUGAGACCGAAACUGCCCCUCUUCGAAUGUACAACCCCACAACCACCCUCAAUCGAGAGCAAGAGAAAGAACCUUACAAAAAUCCGAAUUUACCUUUGGCGGCCAUCAUUGGUGGGGCUGUGGCCCUGGUAACCAUCACCCUCCUGGCUCUGGUGUGUUGGUAUGUGCAUAGGAAUGGGUCGCUGUUCUCGCGGAACUGUGCAUACAGCAAAGGAAGGAGAAGAAAGGACGACUAUGCAGAAGCUGGCACUAAGAAGGACAACUCCAUCCUGGAAAUCAGGGAAACUUCUUUUCAGAUGCUCCCCAUAAGCAAUGAACCCAUCUCCAAGGAGGAGUUUGUAAUACACACCAUUUUCCCUCCAAACGGGAUGAAUCUGUACAAAAACAACCACAGUGAGAGCAGUAGUAACCGGAGCUACAGAGACAGUGGGAUCCCAGACUCGGACCACUCACACUCAUGAUGCAGGACGCCCCGCGCCAGACUGCUUUAGGGUUUUUAAACCUAAGAAAGGUGAUGGCGGGAACUCCGUUCUACUGCAAAACACUGGAAAAGAAACUGAGAAAAGCAAUGUACUGUACAUUUGCCAUAUAAUUUAUAUUUAAGAACUUUUUAUUAAAAGUUUCAGAUUUCAGGUUGCUGCUGCGGUUGAUGUAGUGGAGAUGCCUGAACACAAUUCUAUAUUUUAGUAUUUUUUAGUAAUUUGUACUGUAUUUUCCUUGCAGAUAUUGAAGUUAUAAACCAUUUACUUUGUGUUCUACUGAGUAAGAUGACUUGUUGACUGUGAAAGUGAAUUUUCUUGCUGUGUUGAACAAUCAGGACUGCGUUCACAUGAGACCCUUGUAGUAUAAGCACAGGCCGUUUUUCACUUUGGUAUUAAUACAAUGUAAAAAAAAGAAACCUGGCUGAAUGAGAAAAUAAAUUUCAAAAACUAGUUAUGAAAUAAUGUUCCAACGAUUAAAUUUGUAUUAUCCCAGUGGUAUUCAAUAAAUCAAAAUAUGUGACAUAAUGGGCAAUAUCAAACUCGCUGCACAUCUCAUUUUCCCCUAGGCAAAUUAAAUAUCCUUAGGAAAGUUAAGCAUAUUUUCCAAACUGAAUACAACAGCUGACAUAAAAGCAAUGUGAAGUCGGCUGCUAAAACCACUGUCAGCAGAGCGUCAAGAAUAACGGACUUCACAGGAACAAUGACGCAAGGGCAGGGGGGAUGUGCACUUAUAAAACCAUGACAACUUAGACUUGUGUAGUGUAAUCAAUGCAUAUACUAGAACUGCAUCUUGAUUUUUGCCUGUACCAUCCAGACUCUUGAAAAAUUAAUCCUAAACACAGAAUUGUUCGUGUUUAUGAUGUUUUUAUUACAAAGGGAUGUCUAAGAAAAAUUGUCUGCAUAGUUAAAAAGGUAGUGUAACCAUCAGCGAUCCAGAGAAAGUAGUACUUUAAGUGAGAAUUUCAAAGGAAAAUAAACACUAGAAAUCAAAUUUAGAUCUGGCUUACACGAGAUGCUUUACCACUGUACAUAAAUAUUCAAUUUACUUUCACAAUGGUGGAGAAUACUGCCCAUUACUGCCACGGGUUUCCAGAUAUUACAUAAUGGACGUGUAAUGUAACAUUCCUUUACAGCUUCCUACUGAAUUGUGAGCUAUAACUUGUUUAAAAACCAUACCACUUUUUUGUUGCCAUGACUUUUUUUUUCAACGACAACAACAAAAAAACCAAAGUGCAUUGUACGCCCUUUGGCCAGUCUUGUAUGUGCCUUGAUCAAACGCUACAUGUAUUCAGCUUUUGAAACUCGACAAAUUUUUCAUACUUCCUUAAAUAUGAAAAAUUAUGGUCUUAUUGCUGAAUAAAACUUAAGAAAAACA